AUGAGAGCACCAUGGAUCUCUUGUUUUUUCUUUGCCUUCUUUCUUGUUUUCUCAUCCAACAUUGUGUUUGGUAGUUGGACAAAACCAGGCUCAAAUACUACACACCGCUUUAUCCCUACUCCUACUGCUAAUGGAAACGACACAAACAUACACUAUCCACCAGAUACUCAUCAACCCUUUCCUACUGCAGAUCUUUCAACAACAUGGACCAACGAUGAAUCUUCCAUGCCUUCCAUCAAUUUCACAGACGAUGGCUCAAAGAUCAGAGUCAUACUCGAUCAAGACAGAUUUGCAUGUGGCUUCUUCUGUAAUGGAAACUGCACAUCUUACCUCUUUGUCGUUGUUAUCAAGUUAUUUUACACUCCGGAUUAUAUAUUUGGCACAAAAGGCAAUCCGACAGUCAUUUGGUCAGCCAACAGAGACUAUCCGGUCAGCCAAGGGGCGACAGUGAAUCUCACUGCAGCUGGAGAAUUGGUGUUACAGGAUGUUGAUGGAAGCAUAGUCUGGACUACAAAUACUACCAGGAAAUCUGUUUCUUCCAUGAACCUAACUGAUAACGGAAAUUUGAUGCUGCUUGAUGCCAAUAACUCCAUCAGUUGGCAAUCUUUUGAUCACCCGACAGAUUGUUUGGUAGCUGGGCAAAAGCUUUUUCAAGGACAGAAGCUCAUACCUAGUGUUUCCUCAACCAAUUGGACUGCUCAAAAAGGUUCUUACUAUCUUCAACUCACUGAUAGAGGUCUGUUUGCUUACGUUGAAUCAAAACCACCUCAAGUCUAUUACAAACACUUGAUAAAUAGCACAAAUGCAAUUAAUAAAGAAAGCAUUUAUGUUGAGCUCUUAAAUGGGAGUGUGUGUUUCUUCAACUCUUCCACUAAGUUUGAUGCGAUUGAUAUGCCUCAAGAAUUCCCACUUGAAUAUAUAAAACUAAUGCCAGAUGGGCAUUUGAAAGCCUUUGGAGGCGAGAGAGUGGCUGAUCUACUAAUCGAUUAUGAUUUUGGAGAGUGUUCUUAUCCUUUGGUUUGUGGGAGAAAUUCCAUUUGCUCGGCUAAUGUACAAUGUAGUUGUCCGAAAUCAAGCUCUCCCAGUACAGAAUAUUUUAGGGCAGUGGAUGAUAGCCAACCAAACAAGGGUUGCUCUCAAGUUACUCCUCUCACAUGUAAUUCUACCAAAGAUCAACAUUUCAUUGAAGUGAAGAACAUCAAGUACUUCACGUAUACUGGUGACAUGGUGAAUGUGGAUAUGGAGACAUGCAAACAAGCAUGUAUGAGCAACUGCUCAUGCAAAGCAGCUAUAUUUGUGUAUCAGAGUUCGAAUUCUUCAAGUGGGUAUUGUGAUUUACCUUCCGAUCUUUUUACCAUGACGAAAUUUGAUGUGGAUGUAAACAAUCAACUCCAUGCUUCAGCUUUUAUAAAAGUCCAGAACAGAAGACAUAAAUCACCAAAGAGAUUAAAUCAGGUUGAGAAAGUUAUUGGUUUCACAGUUGGAAGUUUGUUGCUUCUUCUUGUUGUGGUUGGUUUUACUAUGUCCAUAGUCAAAAAGAAAAAAAUGGAUAGUGAAAUAGAAGAAGAGCAUUUAGAUCAAGUGACAGGAAUGCCCACUCGGUUUUCAUAUAAAGAACUAAAAACUGCCACAGAGAAUUUCAGUAAAAAGCUUGGUGAAGGAGGAUUUGGAUCAGUUUUCGAAGGAACUCUAGAAGAUGGAUCAAGGGUUGCAGUGAAAUGUCUUCAUAGUGUUGGUCUUAUGCAAGUUAAGAAAUCAUUCUUGGCUGAGGUUGAGUCCAUAGGCAGCAUUCACCAUGUGAAUCUAGUUCGACUUAGAGGAUUUUGUGCAUGGAAAUCAGAGAGACUUCUUGUCUAUGAUUUCAUGAGUAACGGAUCUUUAGACCAAUGGAUCUACUAUGGAGACCGAAAGCAUGUACUCAAGUGGGAAUGUCGAAAGAAGAUUAUUCUUGAUAUUGCUAAAGGUUUAGCAUAUCUCCAUGAAGAAUGUCGGCAAAAAAUCAUUCAUCUCGAUAUUAAACCUCAGAACAUACUCUUGGACAAAGAUUUCAAUGCCAAAGUAUCUGAUUUUGGGUUGUCUAAGCUCAUUGAUAGAAAUCAAAGCCAAGUGAUAACCACAAUGAGAGGAACCCCUGGCUAUCUUGCUCCAGAAUGGUUGAGCUCCAUUAUCACCGAAAAGGUGGAUGUAUACAGCUUUGGGAUCGUUCUUUUGGAGAUCUUAUGUGGGAGGAAGAAUUUUGAUAGAUCUCAACCAGAAGAAUGUUGGCACUUACUGGAUGUCUUUCAGAGAUGUUGGGACCAAGGAGCAUUGUUGGAUAUAGUUGAUAGUUGCAGUGAUGAUAUGCAUGUACAUGGUAAUGAAGUCAUGGAGAUGAUGAAAGUUGCUUCGUGGUGUUUGCAAACUGAUUUUACGAAAAGGCCUUCAAUGUCAACGGUGAUUAAGGUGUUUGAGGGAGUAAUGAAUGUUGAAUCGGACUUGGAUUACAACUUCUUAUAUCCAAAGCAGCAGAAAGCAACAGAUGAAUAUGAGAAGUACUCAAUGCCAUUGUUGCCAUCUCUUCUAUCAGGGCCCAGGUGA